AUGCAACGUUUCAUAUGUUACCAGCUAUUUAGCAAUACAAAACACACUGUCAAUAUAAACCCAACCCGAACGUUGUUUAAAAUCGCGUGUACAACAGAUAUACCUGCACUUGAUAAACAAGUCUUUAAAAAAUAUCUGAAACUUCCGCAACCAUCGAAUAAAAUACUAGCUACUUACAUAUGGAUUGAUGGUACAGGAGAACAAGUACGUUCAAAAACGAAAACAUGUAAACAUGAACCAAAAAGUGUCGAUGAUUUGUCUUGGUGGAUGUUUGAUGGUUCGUCAACGGGACAAGCGGAAGGUGAAAACUCUGAUGUAUUUCUAAAACCAGUGGCAAUAUACAAUGAUCCAUUUUUGAUCGGUGGAAAAAACAAAUUAGUCAUGUGUGAAACAUACAAUUCUCAGAAAAAACCAACAAAAACAAAUCAUCGCUAUGAUUGUGACCGAACAAUGAAAGCAGCCGCUCAAUAUAAACCUCAAUUCGGUCUAGAGCAAGAAUACACUUUGUUAGGUCGUGAUGGAUGGCCGUUUGGUUGGCCUAAAAGCGGUUUUCCUUUGCCACAAGGUCCCUAUUACUGUGGUGUUGGUGCUUGCCAAGCAUAUGGUAGAGAAAUUGUUGAUUCUCACUAUAAAGCUUGUUUAUAUGCUGGUCUUGAAAUUGGUGGUACAAAUGCGGAAGUAAUGGCUUCCCAGUGGGAGUAUCAGAUAGGACCAUGCAAUGGAAUUGAUGCAGCUGACCAGUUAUGGAUCAGUCGUUAUCUAUUAUACCGGGUUGCAGAAGAAUAUGGUGUUCAAGCGACAUUUGAUCCAAAACCAAUGUCUGUUGGGGACUGGAAUGGAACAGGGUGUCAUGCAAAUUUUUCAACAGAACAAAUGAGAAAGGAAAAUGGCAUCAAAGCUAUACACGAAGCCAUUGAGAAAUUGAAACCACGUCAUAUGACCCAUAUGAAACAAUAUGACCCAUCCGGUGGCGAAGAUAAUUUGAGACGUUUAACCGGUAAGCAUGAAACAGCACAUUAUAGUAAAUUUUCAUCGGGUGUAGCGAAUCGUGGUGUGUCAAUUCGGAUACCAAGACAAGUUGACGAAGACCAAUGUGGAUAUCUGGAAGAUAGACGUCCAUCUGCUAACAUGGAUCCAUACGCAGUGACAAAUAUUCUAGUAAAAACAAUGUGUUUAAAUGAAACUGAUUAA